AUGGAAAUAGAAAACAAAAAUCAUGAAGAAAUCCUCCAACCCAACAAGAACAUUGUUGAUAUGAAAAACCUCGGAACACCCAGAAUGAAGAGACUCAUCCUCCUCGCAGUUAACAUUCUCCUGCUCCUCGUCGGCGCCACCGGCAGCCCCCUCAUCCUCCGAGUCUAUUUCCUCCAUGGAGGCAAUCGGAAGUGGUUCUCCGGCUUCCUUCAAACAGCCGGUUUCCCUUUCCUCCUUAUCCCCAUGCUCUUCUCCUUCCUCCGCCGUCGUCGAGCUCAUUCUCGCCUAUUCUUGCUCACGCCCAAACUCCUGCUCUGUUGCGCCAUUAUUGGCCUCCUCACAGGCAUCGUGGACUAUCUCUACUCCUUCGGCCUCGCCUUCCUUCCGGUCUCCACGGCCUCCCUCCUCAUCUCAAUGCAGCUCGGCUUCACCGCCAUCUUCGCCUUCUUCAUCGUGAAUCAGAAGUUCAGUUCUUUCACAGUAAAUGCGGUGGUGCUGCUGACGUUUGGUGCGGUGGUGCUCGGCGUGCACGCGAAUGGGGAUCGGCCGAACGGAGAAUCGAAGUCCGACUACUAUCUGGGGUUUGCGGUAACACUUUCGGCGGCCAUUAUAUACAGCAUGGUGUUGCCGCUUGUAGAGCUUAUGUACAAGCGGGCGAAGCAGGUGGUCACUUACGCGCUCGUCAUGGAGAUGCAAUUUGUUAUUGGCUUUUUUGCGACGCUCGUUUGUGCCGUUGGGAUGGUGGUCAACAAAGAUUUUCAA